UGUACUGAAUAAAUCACAUUUCAUUAAAAUUUCAAGUCCACCUUGGUCUUCCAGCUCUAACGUUCCUUUGUCCCGCAUACUUCACGCCUCUGCUGUUACCACACUCACUCACUACUACUACUCGCUCUCCCCACGCUACACUGGUUGCGCGUGAGUCUCAAUCGCCGCAUUCUCUUCGCGCGAUCUUUCUACGAUCACUGUUUUAUGAUUCUCUAUGCACCUUUACCUCUUGCAUCUAUUAUGCGUAAUGCAAAAAAAUAUUGAUCCAGAACAGAGCAUAUACAAAUGAGUUCGAAAAGAGGGGGUGGGAGACCUGUAACCGUGGCUAACAAUGAUAUGUCCAAAGGGAAAAGCAUAUCUGAAGCUCAUCCAAAAGUUGAGCAGUUGACUCAGGGUAUCGCUGACACUAAGCUAAACUCAGGACAAGAUGAUGGUGAGUGGGAGGUAUAUGCAAGGAAAUCCAAGAACAAGGCUGGAAGCAGUGCUGCAAAACCAUGGGCCCCCCCAGCCCAUAAUUCUAAUCCUAGGGCAUGGGGGAAUGCAGAAAUGGCUCAAAAGCCAGGCAUCCGGGGUCAUGGUGGACUUGGAAGAUCUUCGGGAAAUCCCUGGCAGACACAAAAUGCUAACUUUAGGAGACCAGCUGGCAGAGGAAAUGGAAGGCCUCAGUUAGCAACAAGUGGAUAUGAAAGCAACUAUGUUCCAAAUCCUGCAAUUCGGCCUCCACUCGAGCAUGGCUGGAACUGGCAAUCCAGACCUGGUGCAUUGCAGUCCAAUGCAAGGGAUGAAAUUUCACCAGAGGACCUUCAAAAGAAUGAUGAUGUUGAUGAUGAUGAUGGGGAGGAGGACUCUGAUGCUUUUGAAGAUACCGAUGAUGAUCUGAUGAGUGAUGACUAUGAUUCAGAUGCUAGUCAAAAGAGUCAUGAGACACGUAAGAAAAUCAAAUGGUUUAAGAAGUUUUUUGAGAUUUUGGAUGGCUUGACUGUUGAACAGAUAAAUGAACCAGAAAGACAGUGGCAUUGUCCAGCUUGCCAAGGUGGUCCUGGAGCUAUUGAUUGGUACAGAGGACUGCAGCCCUUGGUGACACAUGCCAAAACAAAGGGAUCUAAAAGGGUGAAGAUUCACAGGGAGCUUGCUAUACUUUUGGAUGAGGAAUUACGCAGAAGGGGUACUUCAGUAAUUCCAGCUGGGGAAGUAUUUGGAAAAUGGAAAGGUUUGAAAGAAGAAGAAAAAGACCAUGACAUAGUUUGGCCCCCAAUGGUUGUCAUUCAGAAUACAAAGCUUGAACAGGAUGAAAAUGAUAAGUGGAUAGGUAUGGGUAACCAAGAACUUCUUGAUUAUUUUAGCACAUAUGAUGCUGUGAGAGCACGACACUCUUAUGGCCCACAGGGUCAUCGUGGGAUGAGUGUUUUGAUAUUUGAAGCCUCAGCUAGUGGCUAUCUAGAGGCAGAGCGUCUCCACAAGCAUUUUGCAGAGCAAGGAACUGAUAAAGAUUCUUGGUUCAGUCGCCCUAUUUUAUAUCUCCCUGGGGGGAAUCGCCAGCUCUAUGGAUACAUGGCUACAAAAGAAGAUAUGGACUUUUUCAACAGACAUUCCCAAGGUAAAUCUAGACUCAAAUAUGACAUAAGAUCAUAUCAGGAGAUGGUUGUACACCAAAUUCGGCAAAUGAAUGAAGACAACCAACAGCUGCUCUAUUUUAAGAACAAGGCUGUGAAAGGUGCAAAACACACAAAAGCUCUUGAAGAAUCUAUUGGUAUAAUGUCUGAGAAGCUGCGGAAGACAAUGGAGGAAAAUCGCAUUGUGAGGAGGAGAACUAAAAUGCAACAUGAAGAGACCAAAGAAGAGAUGUAUAUGCAAGAACAAUUCUUCAAGGACCAGAUCAAAAUCAUUCAUGAUUCAAGGGAUGCAAAGGAAGAAGAUUUCGAGAGGAUGCAACAGGAGGAACGUGAGAAGGUGAAGCAGUCAAGUACUACUGGUCAUGUGAAUGCUGAGGAAUAUAGACUCAAGGUGGAAGAGUAUCUGAAAUUUGUUGAGGUCCAAGAUAAAGAAAUGGAGAACUUUGUUGCUGAAAAGGAAAAGCUGUUACAUGCUCAUGGCACGGGUUAUGCUGCAAUGAAGCGGAGGCAUUGGGAGGAAGAAGUUCAGUAUGAGCAGAAGUUUGAUGAGGAAUUGGCUAACCUCAUGGAAAAGUACUCCCCGUCGUAGAAGUCCAAUGGUAUCUAAUGGUAGGGUCUUUUGCACAGACUCAUACAAACAGAUAAACACAGCCAAAUAGGUAGAGAAAAUAAAUAGAGACAUCAGCUUUCUAGAGAUUGAGACUUUUACUAAAUUCAGUAUGUCAUUUUCUUUUCUUUAGUACUUGUUGGCAUUUGGUACAUUCUUGGAUAUAGAAACCUGGUUAAAAUUUUAAAUGGUGGUGCAUGCGGUUCGAAUUGAAUGACAAAUUUUACAAAUUGGACGUUGCCAUGCCCU